UAAGUCACGCAAUCAUUUUGUUUGGAAUGUCUAAUGAUGAAUUAUGUCACUUUUUCGGCGACAUUAUUGAAAUUUAAAAUGCUUAAGUAAUUAGUUUCCUAUUAAAAAUAGGUUUUCAAAAUUUUUAGUAAUUUGUAAUGAAUCAAAUUUAAAAAUGUUGGAACCGAAUAAUUCUGAAAAUCAACUUCACCAAAUAAAACCAAAUACAACCGAAGAAAAACAAGAUUCAUCUACAUUAAUAGUAAAAGAAAGGUAUGUUGAAUUACUCGAUUUAAGAAAUAUCACUAGCCAGAGUUUGGAAUGUAUUAAGCAAAAUUCAAAUAAAGAGUCUACUCGCGAAUACAGCAGGACAACAGGUCGGUAUUUAUCGAAUUACCAAGAAUUCAAUCGAAUAACUGGCCAAAGCUUAUCGAGAUCCAAAAAAGUUAAAAAAAGCAUUACGACUGCCAUUAUAGCAGAAAGAAUAGUGAAUAAAAAUUUAGAAAUACAGCGGGACAGAAAAUAUGGUGAAUCGAAAUUAUAUAAUUUUCCAAUGGACAAAAUAAAUCAAAUGAUAGCGAAACGAAUUUUAGAAACAGAAGAUCGAAUAUCAAGAGAAAAUAGAAUAUUAAAUCAGAAAUCGAUUAGAGAAAAUCAAGAUGUUAUUAAAAAACUGAUCAAAUACCUUACCAAAGUUACUUCGUCUAAAAGUUUGCAAAAAUUAAAAGUUUGCAAAUCAACUUGUAUCCCAGAUUCGUUCUUCACCGCCCAAAAUACUUCUAUGAUACAAAAACAACAAGAAAACUUAAUAGUAGUCAAUAAUUUAAAAGGUAAUAAUGAUACCAAUGAAGAAAUUGCAAAUAUAACUGAUAGUAAGAGUUCCGUUGAAGAGUUUAAAACUAUUAUUAAUGUCACUCCAAUAUCUUUAAUUCAACCUGAAGAUUCUGGUGAUAAAUGCUUACAAACAGAUGCACCAAUACUUAUCAAUAAACAAAUUGGUGCAGUAGUUUUAAAUUCCAAUAAUCCAACCAAAUUUACAAAUACUGAAGAAUUGUAUUAUCCUUCUCAAGAUAGAGCAACUCAAUUUUAUGAGUAUUUAACUUGUAGUGACUUAUUUUGUCUGGAAUGGGUCAAUAAGCAUUUAUUUGAGAUUCAUUUAAACCCACAUGGUAUUAUUAUUGAUGAAAAAAUUAGAGCUGUAAGUGAAAUUGUUAAUCAUUCGAGUUUUUUAAGUAAUAUUAGUGUGGAUUGUGAGUUGUAAUAUUAGUGGGGAUUGUGAAUUGUAAUAUUUUGUGUGUUUCUGUAAACAAUAGAUAAAACCUAAUAAAAUGUUUUGAUCCCAAAAAUUACAAAUACAUUAUUUUC